AUGAUUACAAAUGAGACGUCACCUGCGGGUGUGAACUUGAAUUCGUUGCAAAUGGACAAACAGAUGACACAAAGAGCGCGAGACAUUGCACGACGAAUCCAACUACGGGUCGGUGAAAUCCAGACAAAAGCCGAUGAUAUGGAGGCGAUUGUUAGAGAAGUUACACUCAGAGUGGGCUAUGCAGCUUCCAAAAUGGGCAAUCUGAAGAACCAAAAACCAGUACAGCAGGUUGUUUCUACUCAAAACAUCAAAAAGGAAGAAGAUUCGCCGCCCAAUCGCAUAUCAGAAGACGCCUGGACUCCGUUGUUUCUGGAGACGUAUAAAAAAGCAAUAUUGGAACCUGGGCAAACAAUUAUUCCUAUGGUCAAUCACGCGGUAUUCAGGUCGGGUAGUUUUGGAGAUAGCAACGGGUACACAAAUGGUCACAGCAUUGCAAACGGGCAUACACGUAGUAUGGAUGGUUCCGAACGAAGUAUUAUUGAAGAAUCGGAGAAUGAGGAACCUGAGGAGCCACCACGCGCUCAAAUCCCAAAACCGCCGGUCAUUCCCGUUAAUCUACCGAUUCGGAGAGAUGCUUCUCCCUCUCUUCCUCCCACGCCUACACCAAUUGCCACCAAGGUAGGUAUCAUGCAGCAGCCAACAAUCAUUCCUCGCCAAGAACCUGAGCCACAAGUGGAGCCUCACACGCCACAAGAUACAUCAGGAGUAACUCGAGAGAGUCUCCCAGCAGAAGAAAUCAAUUCUACGCAAAAGAUUCAAGCUAGACCAGCCGCUCUGGCAUCGGUUAUCAGCGAGAUGAGAGCCAAAGUGGCCACAAGGCAGAAGUUCUUCGACUCUGAUUCAGACUCUGAUACGGAGCCGCUCAGAAUCAGUCAGCCAAAGCCAUCAACUUCAACAACACUGCCGAAAGACGUGGCUAUUGAUCCAUCACCUGUACCUCGUCGAUCAGAGCCUUCUAUCUCCAGAAUUACACCUGUCGAGCGAAUUUCCAAAACAGAGGUUCCCCCAGCUCUACAGCGGCUAACUGCCAAAAGCUCAACUGCCAAAAAUACUACUCAAGGACAGGGAAAUGAGUGCAAACUUGUCGCUAACAUUUUCGACUCGGACUCUGAAUCGGAUACUGAAUUUUCAAAACCACCGCCUAAGCCGACAAUGAAGGCCGUAGCCAAAAAUUCUUCUGUGGUAUCAACUUCAAAACAGAACGAGAAAAAGGAAGCGGUAAAGUCUACACUAUCGGAACGAGAAAUCUCUAACCCAUUAUUUGAGGGUGAACAGUCUGUGAAAAUCGCUUCCGUCCCUCUGAAGGUGGAAACCAAGCCAGUUGAAAAAAUAGUGGAAAUUCAGAAACCAGUUGCAAACGUUGAAACCAAAAAAUCUGAAACAGUUGAAACGAAAACUGCUCCACCAGUUGCAAAAGUCGAAGCCAAACAAGCUCCUCCACCAGUCGCUAAAGUCGGCAGAUCAAUAUUCUCCGACUCAGAUUCCGAUGAUGAUUUCCUCAAGUCGUUCUCUAAACCUAAGACUCCCGCGGCAACGACAGCUGCCAAGGAGACUCCAGCUGCUGCUGCUGCAGAGCCAAAAGUUGUGAGAAACCGGAUGAGAAGACACUUUCCGCUGCUCCCGUGGUGCGUCUUUCACACUUUUAAUAUUUCUGUUUUGAUGUCGAUACUAGUAUUAAUAUGCAAAUUUUCAGGCCAAAGCCACCACACCACUCGCAUCGACGCCUACUGUUGGAAAAGUGGAGACAAGUGCAGGGAAAACAAAGGCAGCAACAAACGUGGAACCAAAAAACCCGCAAAAAUCUUCUCUAUUCGACGACACAAACCAAAAAUGCUGAAUACUCCAAACAAUACAAAACCUAAAGUUAACACACCUGUUACCACUGGUCCUCUCAAAUCGGCUCCCUCAUCUGAACAAACACUGCCGGAGACAGCCACUGGUGCCAAAAAAGAGCAGACUAGCAAAGCGAUGUCGGCGAAAAUUUCACUGAUCGCAGACUUGCAAAAAAAGAUUCGCCUCCCGGGCGCUCCGCCACCAGCUAUGCCAUCCAAAGAUGCUUCCAAUGAGAAGAAAGAUACUUUGGCUGCUGAGAACGGUAAUGGAACGACUACUAUUCUAAAGAGUCGUUGCCGUGGUCCACCGAAUCGUCGUCCACCAACUCGCCCCACCAACGUGUCAAAUUAA